GGUAUGUCGGAUGUGUUGACGCACUUGACUUACGAGCUAACAGUAACUGACCAUUUCAUCAUGAUAUGCCAGAUGACUGGACUGGACCCAGAUAAUGACCUGAUUCUGGAGAUUUACUGUCUUAUCACGGAUGGUCAACUCAACCUGCUUGAUGAUGAGGGCUGGGGAACGAUAGUGCACCAAAGCAAGGCGCGGAUGGAUGCCAUGGACGACUGGUGCACUCGAGUCCAUGGUGGCAGUGGCCUUACCGAUGCGGUGUUGAGAUCAACCGUGACCCCAGAACAGGCUGCUGAUGGGUUGCUUGCAUACAUUCAACAGUAUGUGCCUGAUCGAAAUACCGCCCUUCUUGCUGGAAACAGUGUGCAUGCAGACCGGGCUUUCCUUCGAAAGGCGCCCUAUGACAAAGUUCUCGAGCAUUUGCACUAUCGGAUACUCGACGUUAGCAGCAUUAAGGAGGCAGCCCGUCGAUGGUGUCCCAAGAUUGCUUCCAAGGCACCCCGAAAGAAGGGGCUCCACAAAGCCAAAGACGACAUACUGGAGAGCAUUGAGGAAGCCAAGUACUUCAAAGCAGCCAUUUUCCACGGAACUUGGUCGAGUUAA